AUGAGCGUCUUUGGUGGCCUUGAUCUUUGCCUCUUCCCGGCUGGCACCCCACCAGAUGGUGUGAAGUCAAACUUCACGAAUCCGCCAACCUACGCGCCGGUCGUGAUCGCAGUCACUGUAGUGGUGCUAUUCUUUGCAUCUUUAUUCACGGGAUGUCGAUUGCUUGCAAACUGGAAAAAGCUCACAUGGACGGAUCACUGCAACACGUUGGCCCUUAUAUUUUCCCUCGCACAAAGCGGUUUGAUGCUUGCUCAUAUGUUCGGCACCAGUGGGACAUACCAGCGUGUUGGUUUUUCGGAGAUUAUGCCAAAUCAGCAGAUGAUGCUCGUGCCGGGUCUCAUAUUCUCCAAGGUGUCCCUCUUCCUGCUAUUCCUUCAAAUAUUUGAUAUUCGGGAUGUUGGUGCUAGUGUUCUCCACAGCUUUCAUCUCAUCCUCGAUGCUUACAUUGAGGCCAUCAGCGUCGUGGAACUCAACAUCGCUAUCAUUGUUUGCUCAGUCCCCGGUUUAGCAAAGUUCUUUAGAACUUACGCUGCUGACUGGACCCCGAUCGAAUCACUCCGGUCCAAGUUCUUCAGCCCUGGUAACUCCUCAAAUUCUUCUGGCUCAAAUUUAUACAACAAACACGGUUGGCCAGCCGCGCGCCAAGCUGAACAGAAGCCUGACCCGCACGUGGAAAGUGCUACUAGCCAGUCGACUUCAGCAUCGUUGCAUCGGGGUGGCAUAGACGAGUCUCAUGAAUAUGUUGACUUGCAGGAACGCUGGCAAAUCGACCCUUACUUGGACACGCGGGGCCCGGAAUACUCGUGGAUGUAUAUGAAGAACGAAAUGAAUGGUGUCUCCAUUGGAAGAAGUUCUCAAGAGAAAGCCCAUGCAUUCCAUUCUGGACAGGGAGCUUGA